CUUCGGUUAUCGAUAACAGUCUUGUUUUUUUUGUUUUGCCGAAUUUAAUGAAAACAUUGUGCGAGGACAAAUCGCGGCAUCUGUCAAUUAAGCGGUAACACAAGGAUGGGGGACCAACAGCAGCUGAUCCUGGCCACCGGGGGCUACGAUCACACGAUAAAGGUGUGGCAGGCGCACACGGGGAACUGCAUCAAGACCAUGCGAUUCGUGGAGACCUCGCAAGUCAACGCGCUGGACAGGACGCCGGACAAGACGCGCCUGGCGGCCUGCGGCUACCAGUGCAUCCGGCUGUACGACCUGGAGUCCAACUGCACCGCCCCGGUAAUCAACUUCGAUGGGGUGCAGAAGAAUGUGACGCGGCUGGGCUUCCAGGAGGACGGAAACUGGAUGUUCACCGCCGGCGAGGAUCAUCACGUGAGGAUCUGGGACAUGGUCUCCGCCCCGCCGCACUGCUCAAGGGUGUUCGAUUGCGAGGCGCCCGUUAACGCCGCUUGCCUGCAUCCCAACCAGGUGGAGAUCGCCAUUGGGUCGCAGAACGGCAGCGUCUUUCUGUGGGACGUCAAGUCGGAGCGCCACGAGAGGAUCGUGCCCGAGGUGGAUGCCUCCAUACAGGAUGUGGCCAUCUCGCCGGACGGCAGAUAUCUGGUGGCGGCCAAUAACAAGGGCAACUGCUACAUCUGGUCGCUGACCAGUCAGGAUCAGAAGAUGAGCACGCUAAGGCCCAAACAAAAGAUCAAACCCCAUAAGCGCUACAUACUGCGCUGCAAAUUCAGUCCGGACUCCAAGCUCCUGCUGACCACCUCGGGUGACGGAACAGUGGGUAUUUGGAAGACGGAGGACUUCACAAAAUGGCUCGAGCUGUGCAUCGAAAACUAUUGGGUCUGGGAUGCCGCCUUUAGCGCCGACUCCAAGUGGCUGUUCACCGCCUCGUCCGACGGCAUUGCCCGACUGUGGAACCUGAAGGAGAAGAAAACCACCAGGGACUAUACCGGCCACACCAAGGCCAUCACUGCCCUGUCCUUCAAGGACGAGAUUGUGGGCAAAUAGUAGUAGCUAGGCGCUAGAAUUUAGGCAAUUUGUAAGCUUUGCGACCAGCGUGUCGCCAUGAAGAGUCCUGCUAAGUUGAUUGUCUCCAGGUGGGUGGAUGAUUGUCUCCUGAUGGAUUCUCACGUGGGUCUCCUCAAGGGGCAGUAAGAACUAUUGAACUAUUGCCAUUAUACAAACCGAAGUCCUUUUUAUACAGAACCUUAAUCAAUAUACAGCUGAAAACUCA